CAAAGUAACCAAACGGCACUUCUGUGAGUGUAGCAAACACAGUCGCAUCUCUUCCUCACUGAUGGAAUACAUAGAAGUCAUACAAUUGAUAGUCUUGGCAGUCGCCUGCUAAAUCUGGAGAAUCUAGUAUCCGAUAACCAGAUCUCCUUGAAGCGACUAUUUGAGGAGUCGUCUAUUGCUUCAUCUAGACCACCAGGACUUCGAACCAGCCAAAGUCGGUCGGAGCCAGAAAGUUCUCCUUUACGAUCGACACCUUCGCCUUCAAAACCAGUAUUCGUAAGGCCACCUGGUCACUUAAUGCGAAAUGGCGACGUUGGUACCGAGGAAAGGUAUUUUGGUCCCACGUCUCUCCCAUCUUUGGCACUUGCAAUAAAAGAUGCCAUUAUAGAACACCUUGACCCCGAAACUGAGAGAUCUAGAGAGUAUGCUUUGCUGGUCGAGCAAAAGAUUGACGCUAUUAUCAGCCGAGGAGAAGGCAUAAUGACACGAGGGGGGCAUCUUCCUACUGUACCCCCGUUCACAAUUUUAGACGCGAUGAUUGAGCCUUAUUUCACGGCGAUUAGUCCUCACUUCCCCAUUUGGACAAAGUCAAAAUUCAUCCAAAUGGCUACAGACUUACGGUGCUCUCCGGCACCGGACGAAGAUCUGGCUUCAAUAAUCUGUUGCAAUAAUCUUAUCCUCAUGACAUUGACAGCGAACUCACUUUGCUUUCGGAGGGGGAGUAUCCCUCAGGAUAAACAGGCUCGUAAAACUUCGUCGCUCGAUCUUGAUGUCACCGCAGGAUUUUUGGCGAAUUCAAAGAGGGCAAUUAGCAAUGUCGGGUCUUUACUGGCGCCCUCUGUCAUAAACGUCCAAGCACUCAUAUCUCUGUGUGUGGUGGCGCAAGAACAUCUCCCGUCGAGCACUUUUGAGACGCUGUUUGGUCUCACGGCACAAGUUGCCAAGGCCGUUGGCAUUCAUCAAUGGCAUUCUUUUCGUAGCCAGCUUGGCGACGAGGAAUCGUUAGAGAGACGGAAUAUUUCAUAUUGCCUCUACAUUUUGGAUAAGACAGUUUGUUGGACCACUGGCACUUCACCAAGUAUACCAGUUUCUGACAUCUACACUGAACCAAUUGAGGCUUCUGAAACUAGUAGCGAAACUUAUUUGACAACCAAAGUAGAGCUAGCGAUGAUACAAGAGACGAUAUAUUCGGAAAUGUACGCUUGUCGUAUGGAUGGAAGGAACGAAGACGAAAUUCGGCAAAUAGUCUCGAGGACUUGGCAAGGACUAGAAACUUGGAUGGUGAACUCGGGGACUGAUUUGGACGGCGUUGAGAAGGCGCUCGAAUACCCCUCUUUGAAGUUUGAGAUGGCGAUCGGCUGUCUUUACUCACAAUUGCUUCUUAUUUGGCCUUACGGAGACCAUCUCGAUACGAUGUUCCAGCAACGAACUGAAAUUGCUAGAAGAUAUAUGAAGAUGAUCUUAGGUUUCUGGAACCUUGCCUCAGAUCCAGGACAUCAUAGUAUUUUGACUCGCAUAAUUGCAUCUCAAUCCCCACUGUACCUACAUGAGAUGUUCGUUCGCAUUAUCGGCGGUCAAGGGCAGGAUUCGGACAUCGAUAUGCUUCGGAAGUUCAGCGAAAUGAUUCAAACUGUAACAGACGCUCGAGAGGAAACGUCAUACGGGCGAAGACUUUAUGAACUAUCCCACAUCCUAGUAGACUUCCUAGACAUCAUCAAAACGAAGCACAAGCGGCGAAGAGUGGAUUCGACAUCGGAAGAGACAUCCAGCCUAUCGUCAACUCAGUACGAUCUUUUUGGUUCGUUUCGGGGCAUGGAUUUAGAUACGUCAUACUUCUUAGGGACUGGCAUCGGCAACCCCUCUCCAAAACCCAAGGCAACUGAACCACGGCGAAGUUACUCUGACCUUAACUUGCGGCAGUGGCUCGAUCCACUCGGCAUCGUAGGUUCUGCCAGUUCAGGGGUCGCAGAACGUAGAAAUAGUAGACCAACUGAUGAAUUCGCAUCAAUUAUGGGGGCCUACGCGAAUGGAGUAUUUGAUAGCCCAUCCUCUCCCAUUUACGAGCCUUAGCACACAUAAAGGAUGCUCGCUAGAUGGAAAAUAAAGACUUGAAAUCUAAAGGGGUUGGGGUGACACUGCUUCCUCCCCCUGGUUGGGUGGCGUACGCCUAUUGUCAUAGCGCGCAUGAGCGCUGGCCGCGGGGAAUACUGCCCCCCACGCUACAGGCAGCAAUUAAUAGCUAACGAAAUACAUACAGUUAGGUGGAAUCUCCCGUAUGAAUAAAUGUGCCUUUUUAACAUGCAGACUUUUAACU